AUGGGAACACAUCUCAGAAAUUGUUUAUUUUUUAUAGUAGCUGUCAUAUUGACAUCAGUUGGUAUUCAUUUUCUUCAUCCAUCUGUGAUAAUUCAGUAUAAAACGGAAAGAUGUAUUUACAACGUUACUCCCGUUCUUCGUCCAAUAUGUCAGGCGAACGAACGAAUUAUAUGCGAUAAACUUGACGCAGUAACAACUUAUUCUCCAUGUUUUCCAUCAACUUUACUUGAUUCGAAAAUAGCUUGUCAUGAUAGCUAUUCUUGUAAUGAACAAUCGAAGGAAAUAUCAACAAAUCCAUCCUUAGACGUCUCUCGAAAAGCAUUCUUUAGUGCAUUAUAUACCGAUAACAAUUUCUUAGAAGGAGCAUUAUUGUUAGGCUAUACUAUCAAGAAAUAUCAUCCACAUUAUCAAAUGUACAUAAUGCACUUUGAAAAUGUAUUGAGUAAUCGAACACUUUGUUCGUUACGACAAGUAGGUUGGAUUCCUAGAAUAGUACGUAAUAUUUCGCCACCAUUGCAAGGAACUUGGCUUCAUUUUAUCAAUCAAUUUACAAAAAUAACAUUAUGGAAUAUGACCGAAUUCGAUUCUAUUAUCUAUUUAGAUAUUGACACUCUCGUAUUAAAUGAUAUUUCACAUUUACAUGAACUAGUAACUGACCCAUCUCGUACAAGAUUUGAAUUUGCCGCUGUUGCUGAUAAUUGGCACGGAAAAUUUGCCUAUCAUUUCAAUGCUGGAGUACUUGUUUUACAUCCAUCUACAAGUGUAUUUAAUGAACUUAUACGAACAAUGAGUUUACCCAAUAAUUAUCAUCCAACAAUGGCUGAACAGGCAUUUCUUAAUGCUUUCUUUCAGCUUCGAUAUUUACAAUUACCACUUAUUUAUAAUGUAAACUUAGCGAUGUAUUCAUCCUAUUCUGAUCUUUGGCAAAGAAUGCAACGCGAUUUUAGAGUUGUUCAUUUUACACUCGUCAAACCAUUUCUAAAACAAUCGAAUAAUGCAUAUGAUGUUCCAUUGAAAUUAUAUCAAGAAGUUUUGAACGAAUAUUUGAAAACUAAGAUACCUGAUCAAUUGAAAACGAAAUGCAUUUGA